AUGUCCCUCCUCGAGUCCCCGUCCUUUCAGUCUCUCUCUGCCCCCAUCAAGACAGCGACGCUGCCAGGCGAGGCUUAUGUCUUGUCCAUAGUCUCGCUGCCCUCGUACUACGCCAUUUCUGCCUCUUCGCCGGACGAUAGCAUCCAUCUCUUCAGCAAAUCGCGUCUAGACAAGGUGCAAACACUCACGAAGCAUGAAGGCCCCAUUACAGCACUCCGAUCUGCACACAAUUUCGCUGGGAGUCUGACACCGGUGCUCAUCUCCAGCGGCAAGGACGGCGUGGUCCAUGCAUGGGACGCACGCUCUCCAGGCCAGCCUAUAAUGACUACUCUGCAGGCCGGCAGGCCCCGGGCUCUCCUUUCCUGUGACAUUUCCGCAAAUGGCAUGACCAUUGCUGCCGGGACAGAAUUGCAGGGCGAUGAUGCUUCGGUACUCUAUUGGGACCCGCGCAAUCCUGCUGCGCCACUUCGUGCCCAUUCCUCCACUCACUCCGACGAUAUCACUGCUGUGCAUUUCUCUCGCACUCACGGAAGCCUGCUCCUUUCGGUGUCAUCCGACGGUCUUGUAUCCACCUCAAAUUCGGAUGAACCGGACGAAGAUGAGGCAGGUCUGCAUGUGGGCAACUGGGGAUGCAGUAUCGCGCAGGCGGGCUGGGUACACGGACAGUCAGGAUUGACAGGCAUCUGGGCAUCGAGCGACAUGGAGACAUUCAGUGUCUGGUCCGGCGAACUCGAUUUCGUACAGGACGCAGACGUUCGGCAGCCAUCAGUACACACUGGAGAGCGAACAUGGGUGACCGACUACUUCAUCGGCGCUCACAACAACUCUUCUAUUCCCGCCGGAGCAGAUAACGACCUCAGUCUGUUCCUUGGAUCUAACGAAGGAGACAUAGCUCUCGUAUCGCGCCCUACAUUCGCAGACGCGAAUGCACCCUGGGUGCUCUCCCAAACAUGGCUGACUGGUCACUCAGAUGUCGUUCGGUCUUUCCUCUGGGACGAAGAGAACAACGUCCUUCUGACUGGCGGUGAAGACUCGAAGCUCAAUGCUUGGGUCAGUCCCCCGCGGGCCAGCGCGUCUACAGUAAACGCGAAACGCGAAAAUGACGAUGCCAUGGAUGUCGACGAGGAUGAAGGUAUCUCGCACAGGAAGAGGAGGCGUUCGUGA